AUGUCUUCCCGACGUGUCACUCAUGCAAAAAAUGCAACACAACAUCUGGGUAUCCUAGACAUAACUCCAAAGAAGAAACACCAUACAGCGGCAGAGGUAGCUGCUGAGCGUCAGGCUAAGUUAGAUGCUAAACAGGAGAAAGAACGUACCAAGAAAGCGAGCAUCAAACGCGUUGCUACAUAUGAGAAGAAGCAGGCAGAUCAGGAUGUGGUGAGCAAAGCUACACCACGGGCUGCACCUUCAAAACUGAAGUCAAAGCCAAUCCCGGGCAAGAAGAAGGCCAUUGUGGCACCUCCUGCUGUCGAGGAGGACACAUCUCUUUCGGAUGCCAAGAUGAGUGAUGCACCGGUUGCACCUUCAGUACCAAGGCCAAGGCUGAAGCCAAUUCCUCGCAAGAAGAAGGUCGUUGUAGAUGCUCCCGCUGCAGAAGACAACGGGUUUCUUUCGGAUGCUGAGAUGGAUGACGCAGCUGCUGAUAGCAGCACCUUCAAACCAGAUUUAACCCAAGCUUCCAACACAAUGACCUUGGACUCACAUGCAGAUGGGUCUGACAGCGCAGUGCCAUUAUCGCUGCCAAGGGAAAAGGCGAAAAUUAGCCGGAAGAAGGCAGGGAAGGUGUCGAAGUCUUCUGUACGAGAUGCUAUCAAAGCAGUCCAGCAGGCUAAUACGUCAGAGAAGAGUAAGUAUGCAGACACGAAGAAAACCACACCUUGCAGCGCAAUAAGCCUCCAUACCGAUGACUCGGAUGACUCAGACGACUCAGACGUCCUUGUUCUUGACCCAACACCGAAGAAAGCUUCCAGACAAAAGCCAGCCGCUGUUCAGCCAGAUGACAAUGCUAUGAUCGUUGAUCAACCUUCAAUGAAGACAUCUGCAAAGGCCACCAGUAAAAAAUCAGCAAAGUCAGUUCCGGCUGCUCACUUGGAUGAUGACUUGCAUGAACCUAUGAUCACCAAUCCCCCUCCGGAAAAGCAGCCAUCUCAGUGGGCCAUGCCCAUCUUGAGUGAUGAUGAAUGCAACACUACUCCUAUGGCCCGGGCUCCAGGCCAUGUCGACCAGAAGGGCAAAGGGAAAGCAAAGAAGGAGAAGGCAAAGGAGAAGGCAAAGAAGGAGAAGGAGAAGGCAAAUGGAGAUCAGGCAGAGGGAGAUCAGGCGGCAGGUACAGAUAAGGCACAUUCUGAUAAGAAACAGGGUUCUGCCAAAUUCAAAAAGUCCAGCAUGUUUAAAAAUAGCACAAGUUCACGCCGCCUUCCCCCCUUGACCAAUGCCAGCACUCGCUCAUCCACUAAUUCAGUUCUGACAGAAAAUGUUUUGAUUUCUCACAUUGUCCCCAUCAAGCGGGAACUGAAAGAGCGACACACUCUCCAACUCCUCAAUGAAGGACUCUCAGAUGAAGAUGAGACCCAAGGUCUUGAACGAGAGGCAGCAGUUGCUAGCCCUCCCAAAGGAAAAAAAAACGAGUUUCAAGCUCUUGUGAAGAAUUUGCCUGUCAAGCCCGCAGCUUGUCAAGCCGAGCGGACAAAGAAACCUGGCAAUAAUGAUCUCCCGGAUGGUGUUGAACAAAAACUGUGGUGCUGUGUCUUUGUUUCUACUUACAUGCAAUAUGUUGCGACUCUGGCUAAUCCCUGGGAGGUUCUCCCCAAGUUGGUCUGCCAGAAAAUGCAGGUGAUCUGGGACGCAAUUUUCCCCAGUAUUCUGUGCACAGUCAUGAGCAUGAGUACCGUGUAUAUCGUAACUGUCCAGCGCGUUGCCGACUCCUAUCGCAGCUUCAUCGGCUCAGUGGCUAUUGCAAUCAUCAUCGCAUACCUUGAGUCCCAGGACAAACUCAAGGACUCAGACAAUAAUCGUGUCGAAUUCGCUAAAUACACUCUGGACAAGCUUCGGUUCUUGUACAAGAAGGCAAAUGGUGAUGAUAAGUCUAAGUUCCGUGGCCUUUAUCAAGGUGCCUUCGUGGUGCAAACAUUUGGUGCCCACUUCACUGCCAUCAAUGGUGCUCGCAAGGUUGAACGAGCAUUGACGCUUGUUACUACUUGUACUCUAACCAUUUCAAUGGUUCUUGCUGCCAAGGGCAAAUCUAUACCCUUGCCAAAGGCACUCAAUCACUCGACCAGCAAAGUCUCCAAUCGGCAAACAGGAUUCAACGACGUCACCUGGGGUAUUUCCACGUGCUCAUAUGCGAAGUCACUCGUGAAACGCUUCCGAGAUGAGAAGUUCCAAUCCGUCAUCACUUCUGCCAAGGAAUUUUUCAAGAAGAGCCAUCGUUCCGGUGACGAUAGAGCCAUUGAUGAUGCUGUUGCUGAGGAUGAAGAUCUGGACGAGUGCGCUCAGCUUGUGGACAUAUCUGAGUCUGAGUCUGGGUCCAAAGAUCAUGAUGACUCUGACAGCAUGGAGGUGGAAUGA